CCAGGAAUGUCCCGGAUGUCCGUCGUGAAGAAUAGCUGGGCUGCUUCACGUGUGUGAAACAAACACACACACACACGGUCCGUUGACAUGUCUGCGGUCUAACGGAGACAGUGAAGCUGCAGCAGCUCCUCCUCUUCAUCACCGGCUCCUACAAACACGACCAUCCUCUCCGGGAUAUUCACGAACGUCAAGUGGACGCCGUCUGGUGAGACAUGGCAGAGGGAGACUUUGACCCAUGUGAGUGCAUCUGCACACAGGAGUACGCUAUGAGACGUCUCAUCAAUCUGCUGAGGCAAUCUCAAUCGUACUGCACAGACAUUGAGUGUCCUCAGGAAUUGCCAGGUCCCAACGGGCCACUUGGAGGAGGAGGAGGAGGAGGUGACCUGAUCCUCCCAAUGGUCCUGAUGGGAUGGGUGGUCGUGGCUCUGGUCCUGUUCCUGCUGCGUCCAUCCAGUCUUAGGGGACCACGUUCCACAGGCAAACCCACUCAACCCCACAAUGUCAGUACUGAUCAGACUCUUUUUAUAUGA